AUGUACGCUGCCCUGUUCCCGACAGAGAUGUGGGGAGCUGGCGGGGCUGCCAGAGGGAAACUCACCCAACAGCUGGACCUUAUGGCCAUGCAGAGGAAUGCCGAGGUGACCGACAGUGUUCAGACCUUGUUGGGGGUCAGAAUUACCUCAGCUUACCUUACGGGGUGGAUAGUUUCGUUGGUAUUUACCGUGCUCGCCUGGGUCCAGGGUCUGGCCGCACCCUAUGCGAGCAUUGACGGCAUGGUCUCCAUCUUUGACAGGCUGCAGAGUGUGAGAAAGGAUUGA